GUUCAUUGCUCAAGGGGAAAAACAGAUUACAAAUUAAAACCACAAAAUGGGCUCCAGUGUUCCAAACCCCACCCAUGGCUGCAUCAGAAUGUGUACCUUUCAGUGAACAGCUGCAUGGCACAGGCCCUGGCACCAUUCAGCUGCCGAGAUGAGCAAUGAAAGAGUCACCUAUGCAGAACUGAAUGUGUCGAAGCAUUCAAGGAACCAGAAAAGGCAACCAAGGGGCACCCGCAGCUCCAUCUCAGUAACUGAGCAAGAAAUCACCUAUGUGGAAUUGGGCUUUCAAAAUACUUCUCCAGAGCAUCCCUCAGUCUGCAGGGACUGCUGCUGCAAAGAUCCUAAGGAAAUGGAGCAAAUCAACUCGUCCAAGUCAGGAACCCAGAAAGAUAUUAAUUUUCAUUAUUAAAUUUGCAUUUCUUCAGAACACUGUUGUGGUCAUUGUCCAAAAGAGUGGAUAUCAUAUUCCCACAGUUUUUAUUACAUUAGUAUGGAGAAGAAAAACUGGACUGACAGUUUGUUGUCCUGCAAUGCCAAAAACUCUAAUCUGCUUUGUAUAGAUAGUGAAGAGGAGCAGGAAUUUUUGCAAUCCCUCUCAAUGAUUGCAUGGACUGGAUUCUUUCUGGAGAGCAGAAAUCAAACCUGGGUUUGGAAAAAAGACUCAACUUUCAAACCAAUGAUAACAGAACUUUCCCAUGGUGAAUGUAACUGUGUCAUGCUGUCAGCCUCUGGCCUCACAGUAGAUAACUGUACAAAUUUACAUACAUAUCUUUGUAAGCGUAAGCUGAACAACUAAAACACCUGUGCUUGGAUUCUCUCAGGACAGAUGCGAUGAAGCAAGCCACCAGGUCAGACAUGCUGAAUCUUUCCCGGUAA